AUGGAACAGUUUGCACUAGUUCUGGAAGGACCGUCUGUACGAAAGCCGCCGGUCCUGGAGCUGUCGUACUCAGAUUACUUCCAGAGGUUGGAGCGAGAUCCGACGAACCUAAUCAAAAACAUCUACCUGGAACACCGAAGAAGUUAUAGCAACUUCCGCCCGCAAACGCUCAUCUCGCAACGGCGCAGUUUCGGCCGGAUGAACUUUGACGGCGAGUUCGCAAUAUCUUUCCUAGCCGGAAAACGUCGACUUCCCUUCCCGAAUCAACAACCAAUGACCAACUCCUCCAAGCUUGUCCUGAUGAUGGCCGGCAACGAGACCACCCUGUCCGCUACAUCGCUGUCGCGCUCCAAAAUAAAGGCCGCGAUGUUGCUCCCCAACGAAACAUCCAUCCGUAACCUGCUCAGCCUGGGGCCUUCGAACGUGACCGGUGGCGUACCGUAA